AUGCUGAGACUAGCGCUGCGGCCCGCGCCCCGGCUGCUGCCGCCCGCGCCCCGGCUGCUGCUGCCGCCGCCCGCGCCGCCGCGGCUGCCGCCCGCGCCCCGCCUGCUGCUCGCGCGGCCGCUCUCCAGCAGCGCGGCCGGGCUGGACCGGCCGAUGCAGCCCGCCGCCGCCGCCGCCGCCAAGCGCAGCAAGCGCAGCGUGGCCGGCGUGCUCUCCAUCCGCAACACGUGGAACAACACGCUGGUGACCAUCACCGACACGGAGUACAAGGUCAAGGGCUGGACCUCCUGCGGCACCGCCGGCUUCAAAAAGUCCAAGCGCUCGUCGGUCUUUGCGAUGGAAAAGUGCCUCGGCGACGCCUUCCAGAAGGCACGAUCGCUGGGCAUGCAGAAGGUGAUGAUCAACAUGACCGGCCCCGCCGUCAUCCUGCGCAAGCCGCUGCUCCGCUCCCUGCGCGAGCAGUCCUCCCUCCGCAUCAUGAAGCUCCGGCUCGCCGACUCGGUGCCGCACGGAGGCUGCCGGCCGCGCAAGGCGCGGCGGCGAAGGUACAAGACCAAGGCGAAGCGUUGA